UUGCUUUAUUUGAUACAAUUGAAUGACUUACAUAUUAAAUCAUGACAAAUUGUAAUAUUUACAAAAAAAAUAUAGAGCUAUAUGAAGGACCAACUACUUACAAAUAUGAUUAUGUACAUUAUCCAUUGAGUUUAACAGAGAAAACUCCCACAACAGCACAUGUUAUAAGUCCAUUAAAGGAUGCAAAACAUUUAGAUUUAUCAAAACAAACAGUUAGAGCCCAUGAUACUUUACAAUACUUAAGCUAUGAUAAGCAAAUACCAUUUAAUACUUUUUGGGAAUCUAAAGAUACAACAAGUAUUUCUGUAAAGCCAUCAAUUAGACACAAAAUUCUUGGAGAUCAUCAGUAUCAAGAGGUGAUAAGAUCUCGACCACGUGUGUAUAUGACUCCAGGUAUAAGUCUUGAUGACAUACAGAAUUCUAAAACAAGAAAACUAUUGGUUGAUUUUACAUACAUGACAACAUCAAAUUAUGCUUCUAAAGAUGUUUGGGGUGAUUUUAAACCAAGACAUCCAUGUCAUACUGAAAUAAAUGUAGAAGAAAUAUGUAAAGAAAGUAUGCAAAAACCAUUGUGUAUUUUAUCAGCAAGGUUUCCAACUGAAGCUGAGAAAUGGGAUAAAUUGCAAGAUCGUUCAUUUUUGAUGAGUACUACAUCAAACAUUGAUCAUAUACACAGUAAAUCAGAAAAUGAACAUUUAGAAACAAAACAAAAUAGUGAACGAUUGGAAGUAAAAAGAUUGUUAGAAAAAGAUAAAUUGCGUAUAGCUUAUGAUAAGUUAUCUCCUACGUAUGGUGGUUAUAGACCGUAUGUAGGUUUAGGUAUUCCUUUAGAGAAAAAGGUAUUACCAAUCGUUCAUCCAGAUUUAUCUAUAUCACAAGCACUUCGUCGCAAUUGAAGCAACCUUUGAAUAUCUUCUGGUCUUGGUGAACCAAAGUGUCCUAAAAGUAGUGCAGAUGUGGCCCUAGUAUUAAAAUUUUCGGAUCUUGAAUAUCCUCGAACUACAGCAUUUCUGAAAACAAUAAUUGUAAAAAAUAUAAGAUAUAUUCCAUAUGAUUAAUAUUACAAAAUUUAUAAAUACCUCAGUUCUUCUGCUCUUUGUGGAAGCUCUUUUUGUAGACAAUGUAUCAAAUUCGAUAUAAAUUUUUCAAAAUGAAA